CAGUUACUGCCAGACUUACGCCAGAGAAACCCCACGUUUAAUCAACUAAAAACUGAAAUGUAGAUUUAUUUGUGAGACAUAGACUUGUGAAUUAUCAUAAUUAAACAUCUUUAGUGUUUGAAUGACACUACUAGUGAAUAUAUAUAUGCUUGAAUCGGUUGCAAAGUUUUGAAAAAUAUGACUUAGAGAGGCUUCCCUACGCUCUUGUUUUCUCUAGUUGAAUUGGUAAACUAGAAAACAAUGUGGAGAAUAGACGAAUUAAUAUUCAUUGUUAUAACAAUGGUAUGCAUAAGCCUGGGAAGCUAUGAUGAGUUCCUAACCUGUGAUCGACUCUUCCAAACAAGAACUGCCCGAGGUAUCCUGGACCAUGUACCCUGUGAUAUGACGAAAAAUACAUUCUGUGAAUUCAAAGGUUCUGCAUACCCAGAGAAUGCUAUCUGGAGGUUUAAAGAGGAGAAUAAAGCUCUGAUGCGUAGAUUAUACGGAGAUGUAGAUUCUACAGAAGUUUACAGGGAGAUGAGAAGUAAUGAUUUAUUCGGCGACGAUUUCUCCAAGAAAGGACGAUGGGGGACAAAGAAGGACGAAUCUUCUGUAGAAAAACAAGAACUAACUGACAGAGAGGAUAGAUCGUCAAGCUACGCAGUUAAUAUGCUGCCCUUCAGUGAGAAUAUGUUUAACGAUCUCCAGUAUAACAUACGGGUUGGGUCCGGUUUAGCAAUGAUAAAGAAUGCUAAAAUAGAAGAUAUUGGAAAACGAAAACCUGAAACAAGGACAAGGACUAGAUCUAGGACAACAAGACAAACAACACAGAGGACAGUUGUAACAGUGGAAUCCAGUACAAGCUAUACAACAUCCAGGGUUGCAACAACUCACUAUUCUGCUACAACAGAUGUACCCUCAACACAAGAAACUGUACCUGUACAGAUCCAAACUGUACAGCCAGCAAUACAACAACCGCUACAAACUGUACAGCAGCAGACAAUACAACCCACUACAGCAGAUUCUGCUGAAAGUAUUGCAACAACAACUGAGCAACCACAAACAACCUUCUUCACUGUCAGUGAGGAUAUGUCAACCCUGCCCUUUAACCCUGACACGCCUUCUGCUGAUGCAGAGCUCAGGGAGGGUGGGACGGAUCCUGGUGUUCUACUCCAGGAUGAGGUUGAGCCUGCUGAUCAGGAUGGUCAGGAUCAGUUUGAAGAGGUUGAUCAGAGUCAGGAUUAUAUUGAAGACGAUUAUCCAUCUACCACAGACAUAACAGAUUCUUUAGAGGCUGUCCUCAACAACCUUCAACCUCACACUCAAGAGGAUAUAACUAUCUCACAGGCAGGAGAGAUCAUUGAACAAGCAUUAGCUCAUGACCUCGAGAUUGAUGAAGAAGAAACUGAUCAGGAUUUUGAAGAUGAUCUGACAGAAGAAGAUGAAGAUCUAGAAGAUAAUCUGGAAGAAGAACUUUCUGAAACAGAAGAAGAUGAUUUUCCACUUGAAAAUAAAUAUACGGGAGACAGCGUAAAUGCCUGUCCGGUUUAUGAGGAAGUAAAAGCCCCCUAUUGGGCAAAUAAUACAAGAAAUCAGGUGUUGGCCCUGUUGAACCUGUAUCCAUUCGAGCAGUAUAUUCAUAUAGAGAAAUGUAAAUACGAGGGAGAGGAGAUGCUCUGUAGACCUGGUUGUAGGUGCGAGCAACAGUACAGACUUCAUAGGCUUCUAGCCUUCGAUCCUAGUAAUGAAUGCCGCGGUAUUUUCUCCGACUGGUUCAGGUUUCCCUCAUUCUGCCUCUGCAAGUGCUACAACGUUCCAGAGCAGAUUUUAGAGUCCAUGCGUGUUUCAAAACAAUUAGAAAUGUCAUCUGACAGACGAAAAUCGUCUUCUAAGAAACAUUCAGGCCCUGGUCCAACCCACAACUCUCCUCAGGCUAGACUUGGCAACCAUCGUAUGUCCAAGGAGAACAAACUGGAAGAACUGAAACAUAAAAAAGAAUAUAAACAUGAGAAUAAUUUCCCAGCAGUCUUUCCGUACGAAGGAAAAGCCGCGAUCAUGGCUGAGUUGAACCGUGUCUCCGGGAUAGUACCUGGAUCCCAGGGUUACUCGGAGAACCAGGAGAUGAACCGUGUCUCCGGAUCCCAGGGGUAUCUGCAGAACGAGGUGUUGAAGACGGAGUUGAACCUGGAUGAGUUUGCAGAGGAGCAUAUUGAUAAUAUGGUGGAUAGCCAACAAUCUGAUUUCAGGAAAACUAACAAGGAAGCUCGAAAUCUUGAAGAUCAUUUCUUCUACAACAAUCCUAUCCUGGAGUUUAAACUACCGGACGGGACGGUCGGGUCUGUUAACAGUCCCAGGAAAUAAAGUAUCUUGGUUAUAUAGAGAUAAUCUGGAUUUUAGUUUGG